AAGAAGAUCGUAUCUCUCUCACGCCCUACAUAUCCCUUUCCGCCUAAAGAAUUUUCCCUUCUCCUCGCCCCUCUCUGGAAAGAAGAAAUCUUGAGAAAGCAGAAAAUAAAUAGAAUCGAAAACCUCAAUUUGAAAUUGACAUUUUUGUCAACAGAAGAGGAAAAUAUUUGUGCCCAGUGCUUCUGAUUCAACAUCAGCUGAGAGGAUCGAGUCUAGGGUUUUGGAUCCUGUGGUUGGUCCAGCGACAGAAUUGCUUUGGAGAAUAAAAUUGGGGGUUUGGAUUUUUCAGAGAAUAUGAGUUUUUUAGCCCAAAGUAACAGCAGGUCAGAUAAUAGUCGCAGGGGUAGAAACUAUCAAGGACAAACUGCUCGACAGGAGUGGGUUCCUCGAGGAUCCACACCUACCACUUCCAUUCCUUCUGCUUUGACCACCACUGUGGAAAACUCUGCUGUUUCUGUUGGUGAUAAUGGGAGCUCAAAUGGGAUUCACAGGGAAUUUGGUGAUAGGUCGGUUCCCAAGGUAUAUUGGGGUAGGAACUAUGAUGCUCAUCAAGGGAAUGUGCUUAGACAUGCAAACCAAAGGAGAGGUAGGGAAAUGGGAAGGCAAACAGACAAUUUUGAAGGGAACAAAGUGGAGAAGAUGGGUGGUCCAGAUCAUAACAUGGAAACAGAACAGCAUUUGAAGGGCCCUACUUUGCCUCAGCUUGUACAAGAAAUUCAGGAGAAACUCUUGAAAGGAACAGUUGAGUGCAUGAUUUGUUAUGAUAUGGUUCGUAGAUCUGCAGCAAUCUGGUCAUGCUCUAGCUGUUUCUCAAUCUUUCACCUGAGUUGUACCAAGAAAUGGGCCAGAGCUCCUACAUCUUCUGACUUAACAGCAGAGAAGAAUCAGGGGCUUAACUGGCGGUGCCCAGGUUGUCAACAUGUACAACUCACUUCUUCCAAGGAUAUCCGCUACAUGUGUUUUUGUGGGAAAAGGCAGGACCCUCCUUCUGAUAUGUAUUUGACUCCACAUUCUUGCGGGGAGGCUUGUGGCAUGCCGUUGGAAAAGGUAGUUCCUGGUUCUGGCUUGAGCCAGGAAGAUCAUUGCCCUCAUCAUUGUGUCCUGCAGUGCCAUCCUGGACCAUGUCCACCCUGUAAGGCAUUUGCUCCUCCAAGAAGCUGUCCAUGUGGAAGGAAAAUGAUCACUACAAGAUGCUCUGAUAGGAAGUCUGUUCUUACCUGCGGCCAGCAUUGUAACAAGCUUCUUGGUUGUGGUCGCCACCGGUGUGAAAAAAUUUGCCAUGUCGGUUUGUGUGAUCAUUGUCUAGUUCUUCUUAACGCGUCUUGUUUCUGCAAGAAGAACACAGAGCUUAUUCAUUGUGGUGACAUAACUUUAAAGGGAGAAAUCAAUUUAGAAAGUGGCGUCUUUUCGUGCAACUCACAUUGUCAGAAAAAACUCAGCUGUGGAAACCAUGUCUGUCAUGAAAUAUGCCACCCAGGCCCGUGCGGGGACUGUGCUUUGUUGCCCAUCAACGUUAAGACAUGCUGUUGUGGUAAAACUAGCCUAACAGAAAUGAGAAACAGUUGUUUAGAUCCCAUCCCAACAUGUUCACAAUUUUGUAACAAAACCCUCCAUUGUGGGGUACACCAGUGUGAAAAGGUGUGUCAUUCUGGAAACUGUGCACCAUGUCCUGUGCCUGUGACUCAACGUUGCCGUUGUGGAUCAACAUCUCGUACCGUAGAGUGCUACAAAGUGUUCAUGGAGGACGAUGAAUUUACUUGUGAUCGGCCUUGUGGGCAGAAGAAGAGUUGUGGAAGGCACCGAUGUAGUGAGCGGUGUUGCCCUCUUUCGUCAAAUCCUCCUAACAAUUCCCACACUGGUGACAGGGACCCACACUUGUGUUUGAUACCUUGUGGCAAAAAACUAAGAUGUGGGCAGCAUUUUUGCGAGUCGCUUUGCCACAGUGGCCAUUGCCCUCCAUGUCUUGAGACCAUUUUCACUGAUUUGACCUGUGCGUGUGGGAGGACGUCAAUACCUCCUCCGUCGCCAUGUGGCACCCCUCCCCCAUCAUGCGAGUACCCAUGCUCAAUUCCUCAGCCCUGUGGCCAUUCAUCCACACACAGCUGCCACUUUGGAGACUGUCCGCCAUGUGCUGUUCCCAUAGCAAAGGAAUGCAUUGGUGGGCAUGUGGUUCUAUGGAAUAUACCAUGUGGAUCGAAGGACAUCAGAUGUAUCAAGCCUUGUGGGAAGACCAGACAGUGUGGCUUGCAUGCAUGUGAUAAAACAUGUCAUCCUGCACCUUGCGACUCUCCUGCUGCUGCGGUGGCCAGUGCUGGUGGUGGUCCAAGACCUUCAUGUGGUCAAACAUGUGGUGCUCCUAGGAGAGAUUGUAGGCACACUUGUACUGCUCUUUGCCACCCGUCGUCCCCUUGUCCUGACACUAGAUGUGAAUCUCCCAUCAAGAUUUAUUGUUCUUGUCGCCGGUUAAGUGCAAGCGUUCCAUGUGAUGCGGGGGGCAGAAAUAGUGCUUCUGACACUGUUUUUGAUGUAUUGAUACUACAAAAGUUGCCGGCACCCCUACAACCUGUUGAGACAAAUGGAAAGAAGGUUCCACUUGGUCAGAGGAAGCUAAUGUGUGAUGAUGAGUGUGCAAAGAUGGAAAAGAAGAAGGUGCUAGCUGAAGCAUUUGGUGUGAAUACCUCACAUUCUGAUGCGACACUUCAUUUGGGUGAAAAUCCUGCUGCUGCUUCUGAGGUGCUCUUAGACCUCCUUAAACGCGACUCUAAAUGGGUGCUCUCUGUGGAAGAAAGAUGCAAGUUUCUGGUCCUUGGUGGCGGAGGCAGCAGGGGUAGAGGUGGAGUCAAAGUUCAUGUGUUUUGCCCAAUGAUGAAAGAGAAGCGGGAUGCUGUUAGAAUGAUAGCUGAACGGUGGAAGCUCUCAAUCAAUUCUGCUGGACGGGAGCCAAAGCGGUUUGUUGUUAUACAUGCGACACCAAAGUCGAAAGCUCCUCCUCGCAUUCUUGGUGGAGCUGCUAAGGGAUGCACGGUCAACAUACAACCUGCAAUAUGUGACCCUUUUGUAGACAUGGAUCCUAGGCUUGUUGUUGCACUGCUGGACCUGCCACGAGAUGCAGAUAUAACUGCGUUAGUGCUGAGGUUUGGUGGGGAAUGUGAGCUUGUCUGGCUGAAUGACAAAAAUGCGUUGGCAGUCUUCAGCGAACCGGCACGAGCAGCAGCAGCUAUGAGGAGAUUAGAUCAGGGGUCUCCUUAUCAUGGGGCCGCUGUUAUAGCCCCUCCUCAGAGUGGUGGCGUUUCUAAUUCUUGGGGAGGAAUGUCUUGUGUGAAUGCUGCUGGAGGAGGAGGUGGUGGUGGUGGUUCAAUGCUGCUGAAGGAUAAUAAUUACAAUAACAACAAUUUUGCAUGGAAGAAGGGCAUAGUGGUAGUCCCUGAGGUUAGGGGCUCUGAAGAGGAGGGGGCCUGGAAUGGUUCGAACAUGGAACUCUCGGCCUGGAAGAAGGGGAAAGAAUCCUCUCCAUUUGCUCCAUCAAGCAGCAACAGGUGGAGUGCUCUAUCUGAAACCGCUACCUCAACUUCGUCGGCUCUGUCAAAAGUCAUGGUAAAAUGCUCUUUGAUUAACCACAACAACAAGUCCGCACCUCAUCAGGUGUCUGAAACUGAGACCGCAACCAAUGGACAUCAACAAAAUAAUUUUGAAGGAAGCAACACUGAUGCGGAUGCGGCAGAUGUGUUGGAUGAUUGGGAGGAGGCUUGUGAUUGAUAUGAUUGGACAACGACAAUAUGGAUGGAUGGGAGGGCCUCUGAUCAUUCAUUCUUGUAUUGAGUGUAUGGACUUUUCUUUAUCUAUCAUCCCUAUUAUUAGUAUUAAUUAACUAAACUAAAUUGCUCUCUACAUUUUCUUCCAAGUUCAUUAUGUUCAAUUCCGAUAUCAUUUCUUGAUCUGAACCUGCUGCUUCCUUUUGGUUUGAUCCCGGAAAUGUCAAUAAUGUUCUCAUUUACAU